AUGGAUCAUGCAAACCCCAAGCCUCGACGCCGAGACCCUCGCGCGCAAUCACCUGCUGAGUCGUCCUCCGAUGAACUCGCAGCAGGCUCCGACCACGACGAAGCCGAGCGCCGCCGAGCCAGCUGGACUAUGCAAAAAGCUUUCACCCCCCAGCGCCCACAGAAGACCGGACGUCUCUACAGCGAAUCUGAGAGUCCCGACGAGUUAGCUGUGGACGCCGGCGAAUACUGGCGUUCAUCACGCAUGCGCAACCGUCACCGAAGCCCUUCUCCCAUCACCCACACCAACAUGCGUGACGAUCAUUCCCACGGCGGAUCGGAUGAUCUCCCUGACGACAAUAUGCCUGCUUCAGACAUUGACCAAGCUCGCGACGCCGAGGACUGGUCCAAUCGUUCUGACACGCCUGUUCCAAUCCCGCCAGCCGCUUCCCUUCCCAUCAAUGUGGACUACAGGGAGAAAUUUGUCAUGCACGGUCAUCUGCGCGGAGUCUCAGCUGUGCAGUUCUCGCCGGACUGCUCUAUGAUUGCUAGUGCCGGUGCCGACGCAGCUCUCAGAAUCUGGGACACUGCGAGCGGUAGACUCAUUCAUAUCUUCGAAGGACAUCUAGCUGGUAUUUCUACCCUUGCCUGGGCCCCUGACGGUCAAUGGAUCGCAACUGGUUCCGAUGACAAAACAAUUCGCUUGUGGAACGUCAACACUCUCAAGGCCCACACUAAGGUCUUUGAUGGCCAUCAAAACUACGUGUAUCAAAUCGCAUUCGCCCCGAAAGGUAACAUCCUUGUCAGCGGUUCCUACGACGAGGCCGUGUUCAUGUGGGAUGUUCGCCGAGCCCAAGUGAUGCGCUCCCUUCCAGCCCACUCCGACCCUGUUGGCGGUAUCGAUGUUGUGCAUGAUGGUACCCUUAUCGUUUCAUGCGCCCUGGAUGGACUUAUUCGUGUCUGGGACACCCACAGCGGCCAGUGUCUCCGCACCCUGGUCAUGGAAGACAACCCGCCUGCAACUUGCGUCAAGUUCUCACCCAAUGGCAAAUUUGUCUUGGCCUGGACCCUGGAUAACUGCAUUCGGAUGUGGCAUUAUGCUGAGUGCCGCGUCCUCAAGACAUUCCAAGGCCAUGUCAACACGAAAUACAGCUUGUCGGGAUGCUUCGGUACUUAUGACCCCCCAAAUGCGAUCUACGCGUCACCCCUAUGUUUUAUCGUCAGCGGCAGUGAGGAUGGUUCUAUCUUCUUCUGGGAUCUUGUGAGCAAGCAGAUUUUGCAGCGUCUUGAUGGACAUGCAGGCGCUGUGCUUUGUGUUCACACUGGUAUCCUAAAUGGCAAGCGUAUGGUUGUGAGCUGCGGGGCGGACAAGACGGUUCGUUUGUGGGAAGAGGUAGAUGGAAACGAUGAUGACGACGACGAUGCGUCCAGCGGUGAUGCCACUCCUACCCCCGAGUCCCACUCGCGGUCUCGCUCGCAAACCAACACCCCUGCCCACGAUGCAGAUGGCGAUAAUGCCAUGACUGAUGUGUCUGCUGUGCCUUCCACUGCCGCCACCCCCGCGGAAGAUGCGACUGCGGAGGAUGUGACCAUGGCAUGA